ACAGUUCCGCAUUAUUGAUACAGAAAACGUAGCACUCUGUUCUGUAAGAAAGCUCACGGGUUGUGGCUCUGGUCUGAGCGACUCUUCGCUUAGCGCAAACAGCUCACCUGGAUCCACUUGUGUCGGUUAGGUUAUAUUGUGCCAACGAGUAACUAGAUCAAGUAUGACUGCGCUGCGUCUCUUACACAAGUACCAGUCCACUGGGAUAGCUGCUAUCUCCCAUUUACACACAAGCAGCCCUGCCUCUGCCAAUAUGCACUACAAAGUUCUGGUGCUGGGAGGAGGAAGUGGAGGCAUUGCAAUGAGUGCCCGCAUGAAGAGACUGUUGGGGGCAGAAAACGUGGCUAUUGUGGAGCCCAGUGAGACACACUACUAUCAGCCCAUAUGGACCCUGGUUGGUGCGGGUGCAAAAAACAUUGCCUCUUCAGGUCGUCCCACUGCAAGUGUCAUUCCCUCUGGAGUAAAGUGGGUUAAAUCAAAAGUCCAGGAAAUAAACCCAAACACAAACACAGUGCAAACAGAUGAUGGGAAAGAGAUUUCCUAUGAGUAUUUGAUUGUCGCUUUGGGUAUACAGUUACACUUUGAAAAGAUUAAAGGCUUGCCAGAGGGAUUUGAGCAUCCAAACAUCGGAUCUAACUACUCAGUCGAGACAGUGGAGAAAACAUGGAAGGCAUUACAGAAUUUUAAAGAAGGAAAUGCUGUGUUCAGUUUUCCAAACACUCCAGUGAAAUGUGCCGGAGCCCCACAGAAGAUCAUGUAUUUGUCUGAUGCAUAUCUCAGAAAGACAGGGAAGAGGAAUAAGGCUAAAGUGAUUUACAACACCUCUCUGCCAGUGCUAUUUGGCAUCAAGAAAUAUGCUGACUCAUUGUGGGAGAUUGUGAAACAACGUGACCUACAAAUCAACCUCAGGCAAAACCUGAUUGAGGUGCGAGCCGACAAACAAGAGGCUGUGUUCGAAAAUUUGGACAAGCCCGGCGAAACCACAGUCUUUGAGUAUGAGAUGCUCCAUGUCACACCACCAAUGGGACCCAAUCCAGUCGUUAAAAACAGUCCUUUAAGUGAUGAGGCCGGGUGGUUAGAUGUGGACAAAGAUCAUCUCCAGCACAAGAAGUAUCCAAAUGUGUUUGGGCUUGGAGACUGCACCAACCUCCCAACGGCUAAAACCGGAGCUGCUGCGGCUGCCCAAUCAGCAGUUUUGAGUCGAACCAUCAGCAGGAUACUUAAAAAUCAAAAGCCGGAUAAAAUUUAUGAUGGUUAUACCUCUUGCCCAUUGGUCACAAGCUACAAAUCAGUCAUUUUAGCUGAGUUUGACUACAACGGGCAACCACUGGAAACAUUUCCUAUAAACCAGGCAAAAGAAAGGCGGAUUAUGUAUCACAUGAAAGCAGACGUGAUGCCCCAUCUCUACUGGCAUGGGUUUUUAAGGGGACUGUGGGGAGGGCCAGGACCAUACCGGAAAAUCAUGCACCUUGGAAUGAAAUAAACCACUUUGGCAGAAACUUUUUAUUCAGGACAGAAAUUUGUAUUUACAUUUUCAUGUAAGUACUCUCAACUGUCUGGUAGAGUAUAGAAUGUGGGGCUUCACUGAGGACAAAAAUGAACAACUGGACAUAAAAGCACUUGUUAAAUUGUUUUCUACUAUGUUUUGAUCUGUCAAAUAUUCUGAACAUGUUUUACCAUUACAGAGCUUUCUGGGA